AUGCUUCCUGAACAAUAUUUAAAUGCUGCAGUUUCCAUAUUUGCUUCCAUUUUAUUCAUUCCACUUUCAAUAAUUGCUUUAUUAAUUAAUUUGCUAUAUGCUUGUGUUUUGAUUCAUGGGCACCGAUAUUUUUCUACAAAAUUUGUUUAUAUCUGUUCAAGACAUUUAGUAAUAGCUGAUAUAGUAUCUUCACUCACACAAAUUUUUGUAAUUGUCCCUACUGUUAUUUUACCAUAUGAGAUUGGAAGAGGUUAGUAGUUGAGGAAGUGUGUUGACAAGAGUUAGCUUAAAGCUUUCGGUUUGUCUGUAAGUGGCAUUUAGAUUAGAUCCCGACAAGAUUCAACAACUCUACCCCAAUUUUCCGUGUAUAUUUGAUCGUGAUGAAAAAGUUUGUACAGACUUUAGAUUGUUCUAUAAUUUGAAGAAAAUGUUACUUGAUUACUUGAUCUUUUUAGAAAAUCAUUUAUAUUUUUCCAUU